AUGUCCAACCCGGAGUCUCAAAAGACAGCCAUCGAACUCCAGGAUGAUCACGUAUCACGACGAUCAUGGAGGUGGAAAGGCACACUGGCUAUCAUCUACUUUACGGCCCUCAUCAACGCGCAAGCAGGUUACGAUGUCAGCAAUACUGCGAAUAUUCAGUCGCGAUUGUACGAAGCCUUUGGUCGCAUAGAGUUGCUCUCGUGGAUCAGUCUCUCUUACUCCCUCGCCCUGUUCUCUGUCAUGUUCCUGGUCCGGCACCUUACAUACAAUUUCGAUUUACGAUGGCUCUAUCUCGGAAGUCUGGCUGUUUUCUUGGCCGGUGCCACUGUAGCCGGUGCGGCUCAAAAUAUGGCCGCAAUCAUAGUAGGAAGAGUCAUUAUGGGUGUUGGCGGGGCCUUUGUUCAGCAAAUGUACAGCUGA